AUGGAUGAAUACAGCACUCCACGCGUCUAUGCUGACCAUCAUGCAAACUUCGUGAAUAUCAUUGCUGAAGUUGCUGAGACGACUCCGGACAAGAUUGUGGAUAUGGAUCUGUACCUUUACGACGUUGAACCGGCGAGGAGAGGUGGAAUACGCGACGAGUUCAUCACAGGACAACGCCUUGACAAUGCCCAUGGAACUUACACGAUGUUCCAAGGAUUUCUAAAUUCUCUGAGCAAGGAUGACGAUGUAGCUAACGAUGAAAAUAUUCGAGUUGCUGUGUCCUUCGAUAACGAAGAGACUGAGCUUAGUUCCGCUCAUGGACCAGGUUCAUUAUUCCUUGAAAACGUGCUGAAGAGGAUUUCCAUUGGAUGUGUGAGUGCUUUUGAACUGGGAGCGAGCAAAAGCAUGACGCUAUGUGUUGACGAAGCCCAUGCAUCACAUCCGAAUCAUCCGGAAAAAAUUGCAAAAAAUCAUCGUCCAGCCAUCCAAGGUGGUUUGUGUGUCACCGGCGGCGCUAAGUUUGCGACGACACCUACUUCUCAUUCUGUGAUCAAGCAGAUCGCUGCGGAAGCGGGGGUGCCACUGCAGAUCAAUGUCGACCUCAAUAGCGCUGAUGCAGGUGAAACUUUUGGAUCUGAGUUAGCAGCUUCUCUGGGAAUACUAGCCGUUGAUAUUGGUGGUGUGGAAUUAGCGAUGCAUUCAAUUCGCCCAAUGUGUGGAGCAAGGGGCGUGGAUCAGGCAAUACGCCUGUACUCGGCUUCUCUCAACCGAUGA